GAACAAAAUUUCCCUACCAGCAAGGAAGCAUGGCUGCCAAAUCGGGACAAACUGUCGAUCUUACGACCCUUCCUAUACAACAGUUAAAUCAACUGUCACAACAGCUAGAUCAGGAGGUAGAGUUUUUUACCAAUUCUAUGAACCAACUGAAGCUGGCACAGGGGAAAUUUGUCGAGUCGCAGGAGUGUCUGAACAAGGCCACACCCGACAACCUCAACAAAGACAUCUUAGUGCCUCUCACAAGUUCUAUGUAUGUGCCUGGGGAGCUGAGUGAUGUCCAGAACGUCCUGGUCGAUAUUGGGACAGGCUACUAUGUAGAAAUGACAAUAGACCAGGGCAAGGAUUAUUUCAAGAGGAAAGUUGAGUUCUUAACAAAACAAAUUGAAAAAAUCCAGCCCAUUAUGCAGGAAAAGUAUAGAAUGAAACAAGCUGUGUUGGAAGUAAUCCAACUGAAGGUCCAGGCCCAGAUAGCAGCUCAGCAACAAGCAAGCACUGCAGCCAAGUCAUAGGCCGAUGCCUAGACACACACUCAAGCUUCAGGUCUCGCUGACAUCCACCCCUUGUGACAAUUACAUCAUUGACAUAUGUGACAUCGGACCAUUGCUCACUGACGGGAUAAGCUAGUGGUUGUUUUGAAAGCAUACUAACAGUCCCUCACUGACAUUUCUCUUUCCAUCCUCUUUAGUGCAGGGGAUUUUCCUUAACCCCCAUGUUCUCAUGAACAUGUACAAUGUUGGGUCAUGGAAUGUGUCUAUGGAUGUGUUUGUGUCGUCAGCUUUUUGUACAACUGAGAUUGAAGUUAUAAGGUAUAUGAAUAUGAAAUGUACUUGUUCAGGUCAACCCAGAAUAUGUUUAGAUUAUAAAAAAUAUUGUAUUGCUUCCACAUUGGGAAAAUAUUUGUAAACUCGAAGAGCAUUAGGUUUAUUUAAUGGUUGAUCAGUCAACUCUUUAAGUGCUGGCUCUUAUUCUGAAACAUUUUGAAGGAAGAAAUGAAAUGUGUUACAUAUAUGUAUGACAAUGAAUAAACUAAAUUAAAUAAUG